AUGGGAACAAAGAAGGAUUCUCCAAUGAUGAAUGUUUUGUUUGAAUGGUUGAGGAAGGGAUCUAAGAGAGUGAAGAUCAUUUUGGGGGCAUUUCUUUUGGUUUUUGCAAUUGUGGCUCUAAAGUUAAUUUAUAAUCCGAUCUAUUUCUUCAUAGCUUCUCGAUCAAUUCAUUUUGUUGGGAUUAUUGUUCUCAUACACAAGCUCUUUUCCCGCAAGACCUGCUCAGGUUUAUCACUUAAGACCCAAGAGAUCACAGCUUUAUCCCUAUUAACGAGAUUAAGCUUUGACUUGUUGAUGGUGGGUAACAUCUACGCUUUGCUAGAUUUCAUUACUCUCGUGGCCACGUUACUUGUAAUAUGGGCAAUAAGGUUCAAGUUGAAGUCAUCCUAUGCCAAAGAGUUUGAUAGCUUGAGACGAUCGUUUGUUGUGGUUCCUUGUGCAAUCCUUGCGGUCUUAAUCCACCCUUAUUCAUACCAUUAUCACUUAAAUCGAAUCUCUUGGGCAUUCAGCUCGUAUUUGAGAGCUGUUUCAGUUCUUCCUCAACUUCAUUAUUUGCAAAAUGCAAAGAUGGUUGAAACACUUACGGGAUACUAUGUAUUUGCUCUUGGGAUUUCAAGAUUCUUGUUAUUUGCUCAUUGGGUUAUUCAGUGUUAUGAGAAUCCAAGGUCAUAUCUUCGUCUUGUUGAGAAUGGAAGCUUAUGGCUCAUCAUAUCUCUUUUGUCCGAGUUGGUUCAAACAUUCAUCUUGGCAGACUUUUGUUACUAUUACAUGAAAAGCUUCAUACAAGGACAACUUUUAAGGAAAAUGCCUAUUUAA